UCUGGUUUCAGUAAGGUGUUCGAUACAGACUGAUUUUCGUACUGCGUAUAAAUACAAAAUUAUCAUUAAUAUUUUUCGUGUCAGUACAUGGUCAUCAGUAAAUUAGAACCUAAUCGAGUGGGCAUGGGUUCUGAUCAACAGUUCUGUCUGCGAUGGCACAAUUACCAGAGUAACCUUCUUGCAACAUUACCGCAGUUCUUGGACAGUGACAAUCUGACUGAUGUCACAUUAUCAGCUGGUGGACGAAGUAUUCGAGCACACAAGGUUGUCUUGUCUGCUUGUAGUCAGUAUUUUAACGAGCUUUUCAAGGUGCUGCAUCCAAUACAACACCCUGUUGUAGUUAUACCAGGGACAACAUUUUCAGAUCUGUGUGCACUUGUAACAUUCAUGUAUAGUGGAGAAGUUAACAUAUAUCAGGAACAGCUUCAGGGUCUCUUAAGCAUGGCAGAUGCCAUGCAGAUCAGAGGACUAGCUGAAGUCAGUGGGGGUGGAAAAAAUACUGUUCCAAGAAAGGAAAAUUGUGGACAAAUGAAACGUUCGAGGUUGUCUAUGCAGACACCUGGAGGGACAGACAUUAUGAAUGCAGAAGGAAGUAGUGACCAGUGUGGACUACAGCCCUUGCAGGCAGAACCUGUUGCUAACAAUUCACAAUAUCAGAAGGGCAGAAAUGACAGUAAGUGUGGAUUCCCCAACAGGCGAACAUUGACAGCCCAGCACUCUAAAGAUGAUGCAAGUAUACAGCACAGUAGUGGAAUAAAGCAUGAAUUAGGGAAUUGCAAGGCAGCCGCUGAUACAUUGGAGCAUUUUUCUGAGUUACAGACACCUGAAUAUACAAGUAGCUCAGCAUCUCUCAAUGACAAAGACGGGGCAAGCUAUGCUAAGGACAAGACAUCAUCUGCAAUUCCAAGUCUUAGUUCUGUACAAGAGUCAAUGUCUCAAAUUAAAGUUGAGACUGAAAUGGACACCAGUGAGAUGAAUAAUACUCAGGAAACGCUGGAUGUUUUUGUAGAAUCUGAUUACAAAUCAUCAGCGAGAGUUUCUCACUCCAGUAGCGCUAAUGAAAAACAUCAGUUGUACAGUAAUGAAAUGGAUGUUAUAUUGGGACAACAGUCCCCUCCUUCAGAUGACUCUGGUGGAAGUGUCUGUAACACAGACAGAAUGCAACAUAGUUCAAACACAGCUUUAACCAGUUUGAAACUGAAAGCUUCAUCUGGCCAAUUUAGUAAAUUCUAUCUCCCAAAUCCCACUACAAGCAACACUAGCAAGCUAUAUGCCACAUGCUUUGUUUGUGGUAAACAGCUAAGCAACCAGUAUAAUUUGCGUGUCCAUCUGGAAACACAUCAGAAUGUUAAUUAUGCAUGUAGUGUUUGUAGUCAUAUAUCCAGGUCUCGAGAUGCUCUGAGAAAGCAUGUAUCUUAUAGGCACCCUGGUGAAGCUCGGGAAAAAGUAGGUUUUGGGGGUCUUAUAAAAGAUGCUCGUAUUUCUGGAGGAAGUGCUUCAAGCACAUCAAAGAAAUCUAAAAUAACAGAUAAUACUGAGGAUGAUAAACCCGUCUCAACAUAAAAGAUAUAUUUCUGGAAACAAAAUAUCAAUACUAGUAUAGAUGAAGA